GGGCUGGGCUGGGGGGGGAGCGGGGAUCCAGAGCGAGUGGAGCGCUCGGGGGUUCAGGGCUCGGAGGCGGCGGCUCCCGGCAGUGGCGGCGGCGGCUCCUCCUCCCCCCCUGCCCAGAGCUUUCGGCCCGGCCUGUCACGCGUGCCCGGGGCGGCCGUGCGGCCUAGUUCCCCCGACGCGGCCCAGCCUGGUCCCUCGACCUCGGCCUCCGCCGCCCCCGCCGCUGCCGCCACCGCUGCCGCCGCCUCCCCGACCCCCGCUGCUGCCGCUCCCACUGCCUCCUGCUCCACCGCCAUGGCCCGGCCGCUGGUGCCCAGCUCGCAGAAGGCGCUGCUCCUGGAGCUCAAGGGACUGCAGGAGGAGCCGGUCGAGGGCUUCCGGGUGACCCUGGUGGACGAGGGCGACCUGUACAACUGGGAGGUGGCCAUCUUCGGGCCCCCCAACACCUAUUACGAGGGCGGCUACUUCAAGGCCCGCCUCAAGUUUCCUAUUGAUUACCCCUACUCCCCUCCAGCUUUCCGCUUCCUCACAAAAAUGUGGCACCCGAACAUCUAUGAGACUGGGGAUGUUUGUAUCUCAAUCCUUCACCCUCCAGUAGAUGAUCCCCAAAGUGGAGAGCUUCCCUCUGAGCGAUGGAACCCCACCCAGAAUGUCAGGACCAUCCUCCUGAGCGUGAUCUCCCUCUUAAAUGAGCCCAAUACCUUCUCACCAGCCAACGUGGAUGCUUCUGUGAUGUACAGGAAAUGGAAAGACAGCAAAGGGAAGGACCGGGAAUAUACAGACAUCAUCCGGAAGCAGGUCCUGGGGACCAAGGUAGAUGCAGAACGAGAUGGGGUAAAGGUGCCCACAACAUUGGCUGAGUAUUGUGUCAAGACCAAGGCCCCUGCACCAGAUGAGGGCUCGGACCUCUUCUAUGAUGACUACUAUGAGGACGAUGAGAUGGAGGAGGAGGCUGACAGCUGCUACGGUGACGAUGAGGAUGACUCUGGGACGGAGGAGUCCUGACACCACCUCCCCUCAACCCCCGGGCCCGAAAUAAACUUAUAAAAUUUUACCUCAGACAAGGAA